AGACAAAGACAACCCACUCCACCCAGUCUGAGCUGAGCAUGCCAAUAAAUAAUAAUACUAAUAAAUAAAAAAAGGGCCAUAAAAGCAAAGCAAAGAUUUACAAUCCAGAAGCUAUAAUAAUAGGCAUCUUCCUUCCCCUUCUUCCAUAUUUCUGUUUCUCUAAUAAUAUUGUUUUGUAUUGUAUAUCAUCAUCUGAUUCAAGAUUAGGUUCUUGAUCCCUUAAGCUUGAGUUUUCUCUCUCUAAAAGUUGAAGAAGAAGAAGAAGAAGAAGAAGAGCUUUUUUGGUGGUGCAUAAGAAUUGCAAAAGAUUUCUCUUCUUUCUCAUUAAAACAUUAAGAAAAAAGAAAGCAGAAAUGGAGGGGUACUCAAGAGAAGAUGGAGGAGGGUGUCCUCACUUGCUGGAUUUGAUUCCAAAAGAUUGCAGUGAUUGGACGCUCCCAAAAAUGGGAGAAUCAGAGGAGAAGAAGCUAGAGCUGAGCCUAGGGCCACCUGGAGAAGAAGAAGAUUGGAGAAGGACCACCAUGAACAACAAGAACAAGAACAACACCUCUUCAGAUAAUAAUAAUAAUAAUAAUAAUAAUAACAACAGGGCCUACUUCUCCCCCAAAACCCCUGUCUUGAACCAAUCUCCAUGGCAGCAGCAGCCCAAGCUUUCUCCUCCUUUCCUCCAACAUCUGCACCCAAAGCCAUCAGAAAACACCACUGCACAAAAAAGGACUGCACCUGCUCCAGUUGUGGGAUGGCCUCCUGUCCGUUCAUUCAGGAAGAACAUAAGUUCUUCAAAAUUAACCUCGGAAUCUCCAACAAAAGAUCCAUCCCCAAAACCUGUUGAGAACUCCACAAGAACCCCUUUUGUGAAGAUCAACAUGGAUGGGAUUCCAAUUGGUAGAAAAGUUGAUCUUAAAGCUUAUGACAGUUAUGAGAAGCUAUCAUAUGCUGUUGAUGAGCUAUUUAGAGGGCUUCUUGCAGCGCAAAGGGAUUCUUGCGUCGGAGGCAGUGAUGGCGGGGAAAAGAUCGAAGGGAUUUUAGAUGGAAGUGGAGAAUAUACACUUGUGUACGAGGAUAAUGAAGGGGAUAGGAUGCUUGUUGGUGAUGUACCUUGGGACAUGUUUGUUUCGAGCGUGAAGAGGCUGCGCGUGCUUAAAAGCUCGGAGCUUCCUAAGUUGUCUCGUGGAAGGAAACAGGGGAGACUCUUGUCUUGAAGAUAUAUAUAUAUAUAUAUAUAUCAAGUGAAGGAGGCUUUGUGGGAAGAACUUUUUAACUGUUUUGUAUUUAUGAUCUAAUCGAUCUUAUCUACUUUUGAACACUUAUAUAUAUAUAUAUAUUUGUGUAUUGUUCUAUUAUGCAGUAAGUAAAUGGAACAAGGGUUUUGUGUUUUCUGGA